GGAGUCACUCUGCGGCGCCCAAACGGCCCAGCCAGCGGCUCGGCUUUUCGGUUGUUGUUGCGGUUGGCGUCGAUAAAAGUUGGAAGUGUCAGUUCGUGCGAUACUCCCCUUUGAAUUUCCUACCGAUACGCAGCAACUUCGAACCAAAUUGAGCGCUUUUUCUCAGUGGAUGGUUGUAGCUUAACAGCCUUUGCGCAUCAUGUCGCAUCAUCAAACAUCUCCUUCGACUGAUCUGAGCUCAUACCGAGACCAACAUUUUAAAGGGUCCAGAGCGGAACAGGAAAGACUUCUGCGCACCAGCACCACCAUCUAUGUGGGCAAUUUGUCCUUUUAUACAACUGAGGAACAGAUAUAUGAACUCUUUACCAAAUGCGGAGAUGUGAAGAGAAUAGUUAUGGGGCUUGACAAGUAUAAAAAGACUCCAUGUGGAUUUUGUUUUGUUGAAUACUAUUUAAGGGCAGAUGGAGAGUUGUGCAUGCGAUUCAUCAAUGGGACAAGACUUGAUGACCGCAUUGUGAGAACUGACUGGGAUGCUGGUUUUGUAGAAGGAAGGCAGUAUGGCAGAGGAAAGUCAGGAGGACAAGUGCGUGAUGAAUACAGAACUGAUUAUGAUGGUGGAAGAGGGGGUUAUGGCAAACUGAUGCAACAAAAAGUUGGAACCCCUGUUCAAGACAUUGGAGUUUUCCGAUCGUGACCUUUCCAUUGUAUCGAAUGGGCUCAAUCGUCAUCAAGCGACUUUCACUUUUUGUUUUGGGCAAUUCUAGAUCAUCAAUUUAUCAGACUUGGCUUCCAAAGAGCAUCUUAAUUUUAUUGUCUAGAUCAUUAUGUACAGCUUUUCUAUCUAAAGAAAUAAGAUAUGAAUUCGACCUUCAUUCUUCUAAAUUGGUAAUGUGAUACUAUAUGAUGUACAUGCAAUCUUUACCUACAUGUGCGUGACUGAAUUAAAUUUCACAUGAGUUGUGUGUUUGGUUGCUAAUGAAGCAGCUACAACUUUUCAUUUCAUGUUUUAUUACAAUAAAUACAUUUCCAUUUAUAAUGUA